AUGGAUCCGACUGUGACUGGCUCACACGCCUAUGACAAGAAGUCUCGUGCGAAACAUGCUUGUCGGGUGUGCAAUUCGAGGCGAGUGCGCUGUAACGUCACCGAGAUCUAUCCCUGCUCCAACUGUGAGACUGCCGGCACCAAGUGCGAAGUCUUACCGUCCAAGCGGGGCAGUCAUGCCGCGAGUCUAGAUGCCGCAUCACCGUCAAGACGUGACGACAGUUUGGCUGCAGACCCAGCGCCAGGUCCUGGCACAGACUUGGGUGACGAGAAUGCGAAUCGUACAUCGUUCAAAUCCCCAUCGUCCACCUCGACGCCGGGCAAUCUGUUCUUUGGCGAAUCAAAUUUCCACACACUGGUGCCGGGCCGAACUCAGGCAAACGGCGAGCGCUCGACGCAAGGCCGCGAACAUGGCCAGAAAACCCGCUUCGUCUUUCCCACGCCCUCGACUCCUCAGUCGCAGACUGGCGGGGCAUCGCCUGCGAGCAUCGCCCACCUGAGUGCUGGUACAACCCGCUACUUACGAGAUGAAGGGGCACUCACCUUUCCCGACCCCAAAACCUACCUGCCAGCCCUCGAGGCAUACUUUACUUGGUCCCAUCCGUGCUUCCCUGUUCUCGACCAUGCGGAUUUCGCGCAGCAGGUCUCGAAAUCGGUAGUUUCACCAAUGCUGCUCCAAGCUGUCUUGUUCAUUGGUGCUACAUAUUGUGGCGAUGAAACUAUCGCUAUGAUGGGCUUCAAGGACAGAUCCGAAGCCAAAUCACUCCUGUACACACGAGCCCGACUGCUGUUCCACGCCGAUUGGGAGAAGGACGAGAUUACCCUUUUACAGUCCCUCUUUCUCCUCAGCUUCUGGCGGGGUGGGCCGUCGGACGUGAGGGAUGUGCGGUACUGGCUUGGAGUCGUCAUUAGCCUGGCCGAGUCAUACGGCUACCAUCGAUUGUCACGUCUGAGAAGGAGGCUAUGGUGGUCUAUCUAUGUUCGAGAACGGCAGUCUGCAGUUUCUCUGGGACUACCGAGCAGGAUACGAGAUGAGGACUGUGACAUUGAGCCCUUGAGUCCGACGGACCUUGAUUCUGAACAGCUUACACCAGAAACGUUAAGCCUUGGUGUCUAUACCGCUGAGCAUGUUGUAUACGCUACCAAAAUGGUCGAAAUCGCAAGGCUACUUGGCCGGAUUAUCGACUUGCAUUAUGUGCCUGGGAAGCUCCCGUCCACAUCCGAGCAGGUGAAAAGUCUGGACACGUCUCUAGAAGCCUGGAAGAAAAGUUUACCGGAGGAUGUGAGAGAGGACGCCGACGAAGGAGGGACGUCGGUGUGGGCCUCUCUCCUCCACCUAUCUUACAAUCAUUUGAAGAUUCUGAUCCACAGGGACGACUUCCUGCGUUCCGUGGCGCCAGAACCAGGCAGCAAAAUCGUGGUCACCGCCGCCUGCCGCAUAAGUCGCAUUGCCGAAGAUAUGCUUUCUCAGGGGACGCUUCGCUAUGGCCAGAUGCACUUGAUCACGAGCGUCUUUGCAGCCUUGUGCAUACACGUCAUCUGUAUUAGAAGGGGAGCCAACGUCUCGCGACGGAUAGCUGAGACACGCGCUCAAAUGUGCCUCCUUGGUCUCAAAGAGAUACAGAAAUACUGGAGGAUUAACAUUAACGUGCUCGACCUGUUUCUCCAGUAUCUCGAUGAAUCGAUCGCCAAGAGGCUUCACGGUGAUCAACACGAGACCUCUCUUCAUAGUUCGACGAUUGUUGAUGCUGCCAACCAAGUAGCCUCUGAUAUCGACACGGCAGACUCAAGUUUCAGGGCUCCAACCUCUGAUGCAGGCCCCGACAACCUGGCGCAGGUUCGCCCCCACGAAUCUUACGAGGACCCCUACUUCGCCCUGCUUAACGGCUGGGAUGGUGAUCAUUCGCUAGCGGACAUCGGUCUGUUUUUGCAGUCGGAUGAUUUCAUGCAGGCCGAGGGUCUUACAUUCCUUGAAAGAUCGCUGUAA